GCGGCGCGGCGGGACGUCGCAUUCCGCCAUGACGCCCCGUGUCGGCCGGGCGGGUCUGGGCACGGUCGCCGCUCUCUGCGCGCUGCUGCCGCUGGCCUCUGUCGUCUCGGCCGCCCGUGGGGUGUUGGGGAUGCCGUCCGCUGACAGAACACACCUCCUGCGACAGCGGUACUACCCGUCCUACCACGUCCGUCUCUACAGUGACACCACGACUCCACGACGGUACCAGCACUGCUAUGGUAACCGUCGGGACAUUGGCUGCCUGUGCUCCAAGGAUUCACAUUGUGUGGGCAGGUCCAAGUGCAUCAACUUCCUGUGCGGAGGCGAGGACCCGUACUGGCGGUACAACUGUCCGUCGGGCUUUAUCGCGUGCGCGGGCCGGUGCUACGCGCGCCUGCACGUGCCGGUCGAGUACGGCCAGGCGGAGCUGGACUGCGCCGCCGUGGGCGCCAUCCUGGCCGUGCCGCGCACCCGCGACCAGAACCUGUGUGUGGGCGGCCUGGCCGGCCUCGAGGGCGUCUGGCUGGGCAUCACCGACCGCCAGGAGGAGGGCGUGUUCCAGGGCGCCGACGGCCGUCCGGUGACGGCCACAGAGGGCCAGACCUGGGCCACAGGCAACCCCGACAACAACGGCGGCAACGAACACUGCGUGGAGAUCAGAAACCAGCCGCCCAACUUCCAGUUCGCAGAAUGGAACGACUGGGUGUGCACGGGGGUUGUCAAUUAUCCUAUGUGCCAGCUGCCAAACGUCAAAUAUAAACAUAGACCUCAAACAUAAGGCUGGCCCAAGUCGUCUGUCGUACUGAAGAGUACCUACACCUGCUGUUUCAUUGUUUCACAUGGACUCUUGGCAUACAUUACCACCCGACAUGAUCCUUUGUUAUAAAUUCACUGGUGACCUUUCCUUUCUUGUUCUUAUGUACGCUCUGGGACCUGUGUCAUGGACUCAUGCAAUUUCUAAAUGCUAAUAGUUCGAUACGGAAUUGGUUUGACCGUUUUUUUUUUUCUAAAACGCAAUCGUUUUGUACCUAUGCAUGAACAUAUUGUGAUAGCGGCAUAGCGCGCACAAGCGCUCAUUGCUCAAGUUUGGCAGUACUAUCUUGCCUGGAGACUGGAGCCAUGCGAUGCGACUGGGAAGGUCCCUCACAAGUUUUAAAUAUAGCUGAUUGUAAACUCUAUGAAAUAGGAGCCUAUUUGACACAUUAGAUCACGCAGCACACACCUUAAUUAUUUAAACCAACGCAUGGAAAUGGAACACUUUGUCGUGUGUCAUGCCAAGCGAAUCCUUAAGAAUAGGCGACCCCAGCUGUGAUCCUUCACCAAUCGAUACUCUUCGACGAAGUGCGUAUCGGCGUUUCUUAGCCCUACUAGAGUUGUGCAAAUGAGACCUUUUUGACUUGUUAUGCUCUAACUUUUACGUGACGAAGUGUAUGAUUGGGUCGCGCCUGUUCACGGUAGCAAAUAAAGUACUAA